UCGGUCAAUAUAACGUUUUUGUAAUUUGUUUUCUGAAUAAGUUGUUGAUAUUUUUAGGACACUAAUACUCUGGCAAAAUGUGGCAUAAAGAGGAUUCCCCUUCUCGUAGUGCAGUCCCUCAUCCUACUGAGCAGAGUGCAUCAACUAACAAAAUAACAGAAUCGUUACCGUUCGAUGAAAACGAAAUCGAAAUCGAAGCGAGCGAGGCAUCGUCGGUACUAAUACCUCCAACUGUGCGUACUCGUAAGAGUAAAAUUUGGAGAGAUUUGGGAAAUGUAUCAGAGGAAACUUCCCAUACGAAAUUUUAUAAGAGAAACAGAGAUAAGAAUGAGUUCGAAGUGACGACCAGGGAGGAGUACCUCAGUAUAUCCGAGUCGAUGUCCGGAUCAUCAGACACCUUCGAGUGUAUCCAUGGCCCUCACGGGAAAGAAUACACGCAAAAAGGAUUGCUGAAAAGGAAUCUUAUGAAGAACUUGGAUCCUAUUCCUAAGGACCCCAAAUGGAUUGCCGAUUGUCCUCCAUCUUUCGGUUGGGAUAUGGCUAACACAUUAUACCAAAUGGUUCGGUGUCCCACCGUGGAGGAACAGACGGAACGCUUACUGGAACACCUCAAUGACUUCGUCAAGAUCAGCAGCAAAGGAUAUCGAGUUGACGUUCUAGACAAAGUUUGUACAAUAGUGAGCUACUUACUAGAGUCUGUACCCCGUUUUCCUUUCCUAAAACCUGGGCUGGUGUCAUUACUUGAGAACUUGAAGCACCCAAUUUUUUUGAUAAAGUCAUCCGACGUGGUCACCUUCUUCGACAUCAUUAUGCACUUCUUUGGAUAUUUCGGUUUCCUCUUAAUAGAUGUGGACGAUGACACACUCUUCGAUAUAGUAGCUGGUGCCAUGAUCUGGCACCUGACGGCUCCAGAUAAGCUGAGAGGACAGGGGACGGUUCAACUGCGACAUACCAUGGCUGCAGCAGCUCCGGUACUCCGUCAGACCACCGUCAGGAUGAUGGCCAUCGCCAACUCACACAAAUUCCCCAUAUUUUUGGAGAUCUCAAUUCUUCUUGCUUAUGAUACGGCGGAGAAUUGUAUAGAAAUGAUGAAAGAGAAUAUUUUGGAAAACAUAUUCUAUCGGUUUAAUCCUUAUUUCCCCAACAGGCACCUGGAGAGUUACGACAUUAAUCCUGUGGAUUGUCAUGAUCCUACCGUGAAAUUAGGCGAGAGUAGCGUGAACAUGACCACGACUCUCACAAUACUGCUUGUCCUUGUUAAAACAACUAAAGAAUAUUUGGACAAAAAUCCCAAGUUCAAAUCGCAACUGCCAUGCCCGGAUUGUUAUGCACAAAGAUGUUUCAUCUGGGCGUAUCGAUACGAGUGUCGUGCGCGGGAGCAUCGACAUGAAAGAAUCACUCUAACCGUGAUUGCGGCAGUUUUAAACAAUAUCUACGGAGAACGUCUACUUCUAUUCUCUUCUAUAUUGAUGGGAGACAUCAUAUCCCUGUCGGUGCUCACCGAGUUGCCUCCAAGGAAAGAUUGGACUGCGACCGUCAACUUCACAACGAAACAACAAGACGUCCAGUUUAAGAAGAUACUCAUUUUCUUUGUGGUUGAUUUGCUGAAAACGUUCCCUUAUAAUAAGUUCAUGAUGCAAUCACGAUACUGGCUCCUCGGCAUCAUAUACCUUCUGGACCCUGGUCUGUGUCACCUCCGUGCACAUUGGUCACCGCCUCUCUUUGCUGAACUACGCAAGACUGCGCUCCAGGCCCUGGUCUGUGCGAUACCCAUGUGUGACCCCAAGUGGGUGAGGGACUAUGGGCUGAUUAGAAGAAUAAUGUGGUACAUCGAAUGGUACUCGGAAAGUCCGUAUGAGAUUUCCGUGCUAUACUGGUGUGUCAGGCUGCUGCAGGUCGCGACCUAUCACACUCGGAAACCAGAACGAGAUCUAGCCAUUCAAGACCUGUACGAUACGCACGGGAUCGUUAUAAUGAUUCAUCUCUGCAAAACUCUCAUAGAACAGAAGUUACCGCCAGUGGAAAGAAGUCAGGCGGUCCUCGCUCUGUCGCUGCGGAUGCUGACCAGCUCUGCACAUAUGAAGGAGACUGUAACCUGCUGUGUCUACCCCAACAUUAAGUGGCCUAAUUCUGUCAACUCGCUCGCGAGGAAGAUGAUCGAUGUUGUCUUAUAUUCACUUGAUAAGCACUAUAUUGUUAGUGAUAGAUGGCUAGUAUCCCUACUGAAUUUCAUUUGGGAAGCGAUUAUAUGGAACAAGGAUUACAGAGAAAAGUUUGUUCGCAACGACGGCAUAUACAAGUUACUGGACAUUAUUACGAUGACUCGACCAGCCGUUCAAUGUAUAGCACUAGCGGUGGUAUGCGACAUCGCUCGCGCCGGCGAUGCAGUCGGCCAGCUGGUAUCAUGGCGAGCCAAUCUUGGAGCCUCUAAUGCGUACCCAAACGUAGUGCAACGCGGUGCAACAAUCGCGACCCUGCUGGCAUCAGUGUUUCGUGAAGGAUGUCGUUCUUUAGGAGUAAAACUUAAUGAAUAUGGAAUAAUAGAAGAGUUGGAUCACCCAAUCAUGUCGGAAGAUGUCCGUAACGAGCUAAAUAACACAGAUGAAUUUUACGCCGUCAAUCAUAGUCCCCCUUUGUGCUUCGCCGCGGAGGACAUGGCUGGUUCCUGCAUGUCGAAGGCCUUCGCUUUAUUGCAUAUGCUGUCCGAAGACCUAAACGACAGAGUAAAACUAGCAGAUGACGCGUAUAACUUGUACAAGAACAUCAAGCUGGCUUUGGAAGAUGAAGUGAUAUUAGUACUUUGCUCCCAUUACCUGACGCUGAAGUUAAAUGAGGUAUGGAUGGAAACGAAGGUACAAUGCGGGAAAAUGUUCGAGCCGGACAGAGUUGUUGUCGACGACUUCCUUGCUGUUGGCAAAGGCUGGGCCAAAGAAAUAAAACGCCAGCAAGAAGAUGUUAUUGCUAAAGACCGAAAGAAGGAAAGAGAAAAAGAGUGUUCUUUAUACGCCUUUUUGGGUCGCAUUCGUCUGAACAUUGCACUCGACGCGUUGCGUACUGUACGCUGCGUGGCUCGUUCUACGGACCAUUCGCGCAUAAGACAUGCUAUGCUACAUGACGCCGUGUUCGCAUACCAUCGACAAUCGCUAUCUCUGAAGAAUAACAUCCUAACACUGUUGCGCACUUACAAGGCACCUCUUGAUGAUCAGAACAUAACAGGACAAAAUAUAAAAGUGAGCAGCAUUCGUCCCAAGAACAGAUGGAAUUCUCUAGAGCUUGAUAUGGAAGAAGAAAAAGCAGACUAAUGAGUGAGUUGUGGCUGUCCGUCAGUACGGCUGUCAACCAUUUAUUGGUAUUAGCAAGUCACAAUAGAAACUGUUCACCUUUCCUCGUCACUUGUGUCAUCUUACACAUUACUCUACAGGGUAACUCUUACUAUUGCGCCUGCACAUAAUACAUUCUAUACCUUGUCAAAAGAUGUAAAAUUCUCUCGUGACAAAAAGCUACAGUAACUUUUAUGGUAUAGUUAUUUUAAAGUCAACGUUCGUGACACUGGGACAUUGAUUAAGUUAUGCAAGGAAAGGAAUAAGAGGGUAGGUAUUUUUAUUAACACAUUUUCAUAGUAAUUAUGUUAUGUUAUAUAGGAUUGUAUAACUAUGUUAUAAAUAAAAAACCAAUAAAAUUUUAUUAAAAAGGUCUGUAUUUUAUUUCAAAGCCAAGUUAAUGUCCAUGUGUAAACAUUCAUUACAAAUCUAUGAAGCUAAUGUAUUACGAAACGCAACACAAACACGGUGUUUGCAACACUUACAAGCUUGUUACACUAGCAUACAAUGUCACGUAACAUGUUACACAAACAAUUACAGUGUGAUAGUGCAUUCUACGGAAUGAAAUAUGCAACUACAUGUUGCAAGUUGUCUCUUCGACUGUUGCAUGACACGUUACGUUACACGUUGCCAUCUAGUGACAUUGGCUUAUAAAUAACGACACAACUUAUCUACUAGGUAGUUAUACAAACUGCUACAGGUAGAGUACAAUGGAUUCCUUUUUUAUUAAAUGUAUUACUACUUCUAGUUGUCUAUUUCUCAUAGGCUAGUUAAUUUAAACCUUGGGUGGUAUUUUACCAACUGGUAGCAUUUUACAUAGAAUUUGUAGGAUUGGUCGAUGACCAACGUUACAGAAUCGAGAUGAUUUAACAUAAUUAUGAUGAUCAUAAUUAUGUUAAAUCAUCUCGAUCGUUGACGCAUAAUACAUCUGCGUAUGUAUUAUGCGUCAACGUAACUCGUGUUACAGUACUUACGAACGAAUUUUUAUUAGAUUGAUGAAAUACUAUGUUACAAAUGCAAUAAAUAUGUUAAAACUGUAGUUUCCACAAACUAUGGUUGAUUAUUUAAUGUGUUCUAGUCAUAACACAACUAUUUUUUAUAAAUAAAUUAGUUAGUACACAAAAACGUACUAUCUAUUGUAACUCGAAAAAAUGGCUAUAGGUAAUACCAUGAUUUGUGAUUGUAGUAGUUAAACAUCAAUUUUAUACAUGAAUUAAUAAUUAUUUCUGAUUUCCACAUUUGAAUAGGACAGCGACGUUUACAGUGGACUUGAAUUUCAAGCUUAUCAUUAAAGGCAUAAGAAUGAUAAUAAAUUGGUGAUAAAAAUUUCUACUGAAUUCAAAACUUUUGAGCCCUCUUUCGUAAAAAAGUUGCUAGGCGUAUAAGCACCUAAGUAUUGUAUGUACUGUCGACUUAUUAUAACUUAUUGGUAUAUGUUCGUGUCUAUUAUUUCGAUGUCUUCCAUGUAUUGUCAAACAAACCGAAGCUUAUCCAUAGUAAUGUCUAACGGUACUUGCGCAGUAUUAGUCGAAGACAGAUUCAGUUGGAAAUUCGAAAAGAGGAAAAAUAUUAAAUCCUAUCGAAAACUGAAGCCUUGUUAGUCAAGCUACUGUAAAUAAUAAGUUAUAACAAUAUUUUUUCACAAUAUCAAUUAUACGACGUAAGUUUUCCCUUCAACUUUAGUGUUUUGAUAUAAAGUCCAAAAUCCAAUGAAAAAAAUACAGAUUGGAUUAGGUUGACCUGCUUACAACUGUUAUUUAAGUUGUUUUUUUAAACUCUGAUCAUUAUUGAUGAUAAGCCAAGAAAGAACUAAACUAAACUGACACAAGCACGUGCAGAAAAGACAAUCUGUGUUCUGUAUCUUAGUAGAUGGCCACUGAGCCACUGAGCCACUGGUGCCUACAACCGACUUAAUAUUUACUCUGCUACCGUUGAUGUUAACAUUAAAUGCAUUAAUGACUAUUAUUAAACGAAUACUCAAAGGCAAUUUGUAUAACUUGACAAUCAAUAAAACGCUCCGAAAGUGGUACAUUAAAAUGUGGUCAAAUAGCAACGGUUUUGUAGUAUGACACGGCUAGAUUGAAAAUAGAGAAGGGCGUGGUUAGUAACGUCCUAUCUCUUCGUAUGGUGUCACGCAUUACGUUAAAGGGAAAUCCAGUUAUGUCAGCUCUAUGUAUUUCCUUCAUUGCAAUAAUUAAUUGCAAUGGAUUAGAAUAGUAAUAAUUAUAAAACCAUUAUGGGAAAGUGUGUUUUAUUUGUUUAUCUUUCUGAUUAAUAUGACUGGAGAUUGAAGACUGGAGUGCAAGUUACCUAUUUUUUUAGUCAAACUAAAGGUUGUCAAUAAAUUGUCCUUUGAGUAUUCGAUAUAUUCAUACUGUAACUUAUCCAUAACUGUAACUAUUGUAAAUGAAACUAUGAUACUAAUAAUAAUAUGCUUAUGUUUAGUAAAAUUAUGAAAACCACACUAUUUCAUACUACGAUAGAAACUGGCUUAACAUAAGUACAUGAAUGAACUCUGUUAUUAUAAUAUUAUAAUGUGUACAUACUAUGCUUUGUCAGUAUAUAAAGAUUCUGAGUAUUGAUUUUAUUAUGAUGAUAGUUUAGAUAUAAUACCCAAAACGUAUAUAAGUUAACAACACUUGACUAAGUCAUACAUUCAAAUGUAUGUCUUAGCCAAUAAUGUAUUUAACUUUGUUGUAAAAAUAUACUAUAUGCGCUUUAACAUAUAAUAGCUAUCCUGCUAUAUAAAUAGAUUUAUACGAUAUAUAACAAAUGUACUUUUGGUCAGCUAUGUGCCUUAAAUUAAUAGCUUAUUCAUUAUUCCUUAUAUGGCGAUUAUGACUUAUUUCCACUUAAAGACUUACUGCCAUUUUCACCAAUCACCCCUAUACUGUCACUUAAUUAGAAGUUACUUAGCGUGAGGGAAGUCCUAAACUAACCUCUUACUUGUACUGAUAGUUGUCACUAUAGGUUGGUGAAGACUAAAAGACUAAGUGUCACCUGUUAUAGCUUAGGGGGUCAUUUUAAUUUAGGAGAGAUUGGUGCAAACUGGCUUUAAUGAUUUAAUAGAAACUGUUGCUCAAAGUAUACUAAAUAAACAUAAUUUAGCACAUGUUUUCAUUAAUAUGUAAUACUGUUUCACUCUUACACAUUAAAUGGUCAAAUGUAUGACAGAGACCGACAUACAGCUCAAUCAAAACACGUACUAAAUAGUGUUUUUAUAUGUGAAAAUCUAAGACUAUUGUUUUAAAGUACUGAACAUGAUAUACAAUAAUAGUUUAUGUUAAAAUUAAAUACAAAAUGAGCAAAAAUGUUAAAUAUAUUAUUAUUAACAAAAAUUAUACCACUAAAAAGCUCUCAAAUUGAAAAAAAAUCUAAUCUUAGGUGUACAAAUGAUAGCUUAUAGCUAUGAUAAUUUUGCUAAUGAAAAUGUGACUUACAUAUCUGUCUUUAAGGUCUUAUUAGCAACUGCUUUUUUCUAGUCACGAAUUUAAAAGAUCCUCAUUUUUCUAUCAGUCAAAAUAGAAAAGGAAUUAGAAAUGAAUGUUUAAAUUGAUAGGUAGUUGAAUAUCGACCUUAAGGUAUAGGAAAUAGAUUUAAAUUGUGUUAACUAUGAAAUAAUUUUAUAAUUACCAAGAUUAUUUAGUCAGAAAGUUGUAGAUGGGAUUAAGACAUUUUAUAGGGACGGACGAUUAGUCUCAAAUGUCCAUUAAAUAUGAUGUAUAUGAUUAGCAUGAUUU